CAUCAUCAAGUCCACACAUUAUGACAACACAUUCGGCAGUAUAGCAUCACUGCAGUUGCCAAAGCUGGUCUCACAACCAUCGCCAUCGUCAUCGUCGCUGUGUUCAUCACCAUCGUUUGAUCAUGGCCAUCUCCAUUAAUCGCAUGUCGAAUACAUUUCGCGAUCGUUCACACCAGGAACGGAAGCUGCAACCUAACCGUACAGCACCUAUAACGACUACCUCAACAGCCAAAUCGGUGUCGUCAGCACAAUCGAACGAUCGCAGUGCACCCGAACCAAUGCAUCAAUAUCAGGGUGGAUAUCUUCGGGUUCGGCCUCCUCGGCUUGGUCCACCUGGGCAUGUUACAUUACUUGGCGAUGCAAGGGUCCUUCGCCGAACGUGUGACAUGGCGAAGUCGAAGAAAGGCAUGCUACGCACUACCAGGGAGGAGGAUUGGCCGCCGGAGGUGGCCAGCCAUGAAGCCGGAGAAGGACACUCCAGUGUGGUGCAUCCCCGUCAAGUGCAGGAGGCUACGGAGGAGGACUGAGGAAGGAGGGCAAAAGGCUGAGGCUGGAGCCGUCAGUUUCUGGAGGAGACUGUGGAGGAGUGCUGCCAGUGACCCAGGGCAGCCGCCGCCGGAGGAGAGGGCGAGGCAGGGAGUCUCCUCCACUUCGUGGCCGAGGAGGUGGUGUUGCAGGCGUCGAGUAUCGAGGGCAAGCUUCGAGGCUCCGUCUGCGUCUACAUAUUCUGCGGGUUGAUCUUUUUCAUCUUGCUCGGAAUUCAAAGACCUCGAGGGCUCAGUGUACCUUGAGGCUGACUGGAAGGCUCUACCGAGGUGGUGUUGCAGGCGUCGUGUGUCGAGGACAUGCUUUGAGGCUCCGCCGUCGCCUACAUCUUCAUCUUCUUCGGGCUCACCAUCGUGCUAGGAAUUCGAAGCCCUUGAUGUCUCUACGGAGCUCGAGGCGGUCUAGAAAGAUCUACACCAGCUAGACGCCACACAAGCUCAGGCUUUCUGGCGUGCAAGGAAAGGAGCCACCAGAGCUCAUGAGGAGGAGGAGGAGGAGGAGGUACAGGAGACAGCCACAAAGGCUCCUGACAUCCGCGGCGGACCGGCUCCAGGAGACGUCGAAGCUCUCUGCAAGGGGCUCACCAAGUUUCUCAGUGAGUUCCAAGAGGUCGGACGUCCUGUGGAAGGAGGUAGCGAAGCGAAGCCCCCAGCGGCAACUCGACGCCAAGAGGGCAAGGGAAAGGAUCUAGAGGAGUUCGUGGCCAAGCUCUCCAAACUGGUCAAGGACGCUCAGACUCAGAAGUGGCCGCUGCCCAAGCUCGUAAAAUACAUCGCGAAGAUGAUAAAGACCACCCAGCGGCAGCAGCAGCCAGCUCCGAGGAGGAAUCGGUGGGCCCGUGGUGCCGCCGGGCAGCGUGUCAGGCACGAGGACGCUCAGGAACAGUCAGCCCCAGCACAGCACCAACAGAGGCAGCCACAUCUUCCGAAGAUUGCUGCCCAAGGCUGGGAGCCUGGCCAGGUGGUGUCGGCACCAGCUUUUCUUGCAAUGCUGGAUGGUGAAAAAAACAGCGAGGUUGCCAAAGUGAAUCUGGUUAUGGCUCUUCCUGAGCAGGUCCAGAAGAUACGAGACGCUGGGAUUGCACAAUCUCUGGACAAGCAGCUUACGGUGUGUUGCAGUGGCGAGCCGCCCCAGGCAACAUUCAAGGAAGCAGCCGCUAAGAAGUGGAUGCGCGUCGAACGGCCGGGUAAAGGCGACACGGUGGAAUUGCUCAGCGUCGUCAGCGUCAUUUCCAAGGGCGUGCCGAGAGAGAUCGGCACCACGGUCACACAGGCUAAAGGAAAGGUCAAUGACCUCAGCGGUGAUGUGACCGUCACGGUCGUCAGAGUGGCUUUCGUCAAAAAGUAUAUGGGUACAGAGGCCUGGCGGGCAAGUCCUGUCUCGGCCCUCACGUCCAUAUGGGAUACAGCCCCGCUGGUGCGGAUUUACGGCUUUCGCAUGCUCACCGACGAGAAGGACGAGAACAAUCACAUAGCUCCGCCGCGGCCUGGCGGCUUUGUUCUUUCAUAAUUGCUGGAACGUGGCGUCUUCGGCGACAUGCACUCACAGGAACAGCCCAUGCGCAUGAUUCACUAAGCCGCUUGUGAUGCGGAUUCUUGAUUCCGCCCUUUGGCAGCAGCAUAGCAUCGGUGAGAUGUACUCUUCGAUGGCUGGCGGCUGCCCCAUCUGGAUUUCCUCUCGUGGGCAGAUUUGGAUUGCCUGCUUGCGCGCCGCCCAGCCGGCCGGCCGCGAGGAUGUCGCCCAAGCUAAACGCGACGGUCAGCGCCCUAGGCUUCAGCGGGUUGUAGUUGUCUCUCUGUCUACGUCUUUCUUCCCCGACACUUUCGUCCUCACUAUCGCCAAGCGUUUAAAGGUGUUGGGUCCCUCAUCCGAGGUGCUUGCCGACUUAGAGCUCCGCUGGCAAGCCUUGCGGCGUGAGCUCACGCAAUUAUCCCCGGCCAGUGGUGCGCGGUGAAGACGCUAUGCGCGGGAAGGAUCACAUCCCACAGGAUGCACGUCCUGAAGCCUCGGCCUUGCCACUUCGGUUGUUUGGCACGGGACUCGAUGUGCCGUUAUUGGCAGUGCCCUCGUCUCACGCAUUUUACCGCCCUCCCCCGCGCCUAGUCCUCGCGUGUUCGUCAUGCGGGGACUGGGCUCCGAGCAGGGCAAUUCCUCCCUGGACGACGCUCGCCCAGCGGUCAUCCGCAGGAUAAUCAUCACAUUCUAUCUCGUUCACGUUGUGGAAGUCGAGAUGGUCUCUCUGCCAGAGCAUCGAAGAGAGCGCAACCGUUGCUCUUACGACUUCGCGCACAGAUGCCUGCUGGCGGCUCGCCAGGGCGCCGAGCUAUGAACUGUGGGCGGGU